AUGGUCAGCAGGUUUUAUCAGAUUCCAGGUACACAUCGGCCUGCAUCGGCAGUGUCUUCUUCAAAUGAAUCAUCGUCUUUGUUGUCAGCAAGGCGAAUAAGUCAGACCUACUUUAACUAUCAGGCUACUCCUGAAUUUCAAAAGGUAUCUUCUAAGUAUGAUCCCGAUAACCCUAAUAAGGAUAAGUUGGGAACCUACGGUGGUGUGUUUGUACCCACAGCAUUGAAUGUUUUAUCUAUUCUUAUGUUUCUUCGGUUUGGCUUUAUUUUAGGUCAACUCGGUAUUAUAUGCACUAUUGGUCUUUUGCUCCUGAGCUAUACUAUUAAUCUCCUCACCACACUUAGUAUUUCCGCUAUAUCUACCAACGGGACUGUAAGGGGCGGAGGCGCUUACUACAUGAUUUCAAGAAGUUUGGGGCCUGAAUUCGGAGGAUCUAUUGGUCUUGUGUUUUUCUUGGGCCAGGUAUUCAAUGCAGGUAUGAACGCCGUAGGUAUCAUUGAGCCUUUGCUCUACAACUUAGGCCAUUCUGCACAUGGCGAACCUCCAGCAGCUAUGGGAGAACUAUUACCAAGAGGACAUUGGUACGAGUUCACAUAUGCUACAAUAAUCCUUUUUCUGUGCUUUUCAGUGGCAUUCGUUGGCUCACAAACCGUGUCUAGAGCAGGGAACAUCCUUUUCUUAAUAUUGGCAGCCUCUAUAUUUUCCAUUCCUCUCUCUGCGCUUAUAAGAUCUCCGUUUGUUGAAGGUGGAAUCAGUUACACAGGCCCCACAUGGCAAACUUUCCGUGAUAAUCUUUUCCCCCAUUUGACUAAAGGAGCUGCAGGAUCGUUACUUAAGGGCAAAGAAACCUUUAAUGAUUUAUUUGGUGUCUUCUUUCCUGCUACCGCUGGUAUAUUUGCCGGCGCAGGAAUGUCGAGUGAAUUAAGAAAGCCCUCUAAAUCAAUUCCAAAAGGCACUUUAUGGGGGUUACUGUUUACUUUUAUCUGUUAUGCGAUCGUUGUUUUCUCUAUGGGUUGCUCCAUUCCGAGAGCUUCAUUACAUAAUGAAGUACAAAUUAUCCAAACAAUUAGUUCAGCACAAUGGGUUAUAUUCAUGGGUGAAAUGGCCACAUCUCUAUUUUCUAUUAUUGUAGGUAUGCUAGGUGCUGCUUAUGUGUUGGAAGCAAUUGCAAAGGAUAAUAUCAUUCCAGGUUUAGAGAUAUUUGCUCAUAAUCCAGUAUACUCAUUAAUUUUCACUUGGCUUUUAACUCAACUGUGUUUAUUUUCUGAUGUCAAUAAGAUUGCCACAUUUAUCACCAUGACAUUCUUAUUGACAUUUAUAGUUAUGAAUUUGGCAUGCUUCUUACUGGGCAUUUCUUCAGCUCCUAAUUUUAGGCCCUCUUUCAAAUAUUUCAACAGGUAUACUACGGCUGCUGGUGCAUUGCUCUCUGUCGUUGCGAUGUUAAUCGUAGACGGUGUUUCUGCCUCCGUUUUAUUUUUGGCUAUGAUCUUACUAUUUUUAUUUAUUCACUACUUCUCGCCUCCAAAAUCUUGGGGUGAUGUAUCUCAGAGUCUAAUAUAUCAUCAAGUAAGAAAAUACCUGCUCCGUUUGCGUCAAGACAACAUCAAAUAUUGGAGACCUCAGAUAUUGUUGUUUGUAGACAACCCAAGGACAAGCUGGAACCUGAUACGGUUCUGUAACCAUCUGAAAAAAGGUGGUUUAUAUAUCCUAGGCCAUGUAGCAGUAACUGCGGAUUUUCCAAAGCAAUUAAAUGAGUUGAAAACCCAACAGAAAGCUUGGAUAAAAAUUAGAGAUAUGGCAGCAAUAAAGGCGUUUGUUCAAGUCGGAACCGGCCCCUCUCUCAUAUGGGGAAUCAGAAAUGUUUUUAUUGGUUCUGGGUUGGGAGGUAUGAAACCAAAUAUUACCGUUGUUGGAUUUUUUGACUUGGAUACUUAUAAGAAGCGUGUUUCGCGAAAUAACGAAAACAAUCAGGAGCGCCUGCAAGUAACAGCUAAUUUACCAGGUAGCUCGUCUUCUGAUAUAAGAAUAAAUGUUCCAUUGCCUACGGAUGAAUGCAAAAAUGAAAGCAAAGUUAAUGUUCAACAAUGGGUUCAAAUUGUAGAAGACCUGUCAUUAAUGCAAUCCAAUAUUGCUAUAGCUCACGGCUUCAAAGUGUUGGAGAUACCAAAUAAAAAGGACCGCUGUUCUCCAAGGAAAACAAUAGAUCUUUAUCCCAUUCAGAUGUGCGGAAAAGUCCAGGCCACAGAUGAUCAGCCUGCAUCGGUCACUACGAAUUUCGAUACAUAUACACUUAUCUUACAACUGGCAGCAAUUCUAAUAACUGUGCCUGAGUGGAAACAUACACAUGCGUUACGAGUUAUCUUAUUUGUGGAACAAGAAUAUCAUAGAACUGAUGAAGUUCAACGAAUGAAAAAACUAUUGCAAAUUUUAAGAAUUGAAGCUGAAGUUCUGGUAGUGUCUUUAGAUCAGUUUAGGGUAUACAACACUAUCGUCAGGGGAGAUCCAAUCGUAUUUGAUUAUGUAAACGCGAAGCUAGCCGAUAACGAAUGGUGGCAAGAUUUGGUAGAAGCUCGUGAUACUUUGAAACCGAAGCGGAGAUUUUCUACCAUUGAACCUCAAUCGAUAGCAAAACAAUUCAUGCAAUCAAGAAAGUACACUUCUCGAGUCCAGAAACUAGGAGUUUCAUUUACCAUGAAUACAAGUAUGCCAAGCAACCGGAUUGAGAAUCCGUUUGAGAGUGAAGAUUCUGAUUUAGAUACAGAUUUGACAUCAAUCCGCGAUAGCUUCUCAACGUCUACAAUUGAUCCAGGCAGUAAGGAGCCGACAGUCAAGUCUAAGGCUGGUUCUGAUAGAACCAAUUUAUUUGUAAAAAACUUACAAAACAACGCUUCAACUCAGUCUUUGAGGCCUGUGUUCUCAAGCAAUACCUUACCAAGGACCAAAGUGGUAGAAGACGGAACGGGUGAACAGCCAACUUUAAUCCCAAUUGUGGAACCGAACCUUUCAAACGGGAAUGGGAAUAAAUCAAAGAGACCUGUUCUUCCCGAACUUUCUCCUUGCUGUUCGAAAGAUAGUUUAGUUACUGCAAUGCAAAACUUGGGCUUUAACGAUCUUCCUAGUACAGCUCAACAUUUGGUUCUAAAUGAUAUGAUGACACAGAUGUCAAAGAGUUCAGAUUUAAUCUUUUCAACUUUACCAAUUCCAGCACUUGGAACACAUAAGGAUCAUGAGGCAAGUCUACAAUAUGUUGAAGACUUAGAUAUUUGGUUGGAAGGUUUACCGCCAUGUAUGUUAAUUAAUUCGCAAACCAUGACUGUAACUACUGCAUUAUAG